ACGCAAUGGGUUCAAUUAUGUGAAUAUUAUAAUGAUGCUGUAAAUACAAACAUUGAUCCUUCUGUAGGAAUUUCUCUACAAGAUUUAGCUAAAAUUUAUAGUCUACAAUCAGGUGAUUUAGAUAGAGAUUAUGAGUUAUUAUAUCCAACAUUACGUCAAGGAGAAGGAGAAGAAAUAGAUAUUGAGGAAUUAGAUCGUUUAUCUGAUGAAAGUUUAGAGAUAUCUGCUAAUGAGCAAUCAGAUCUUGAGGAAAGUACAGAGGAUGAUGAUGAUGAUCUACCUAAUGAAGCAGAUGACGAAGGAGACGAUCAGAAGGCAUUAGCAAAUACAGAAGAAGAUAGGAUUGAGUACGAAUUAAAAACAAAAUUAAAUGCAAGAAAAUUACAAUUUAUUUAUAAUUAUGUUACCCAAGAACACAGAGGACCAGCUGUAGAUGAAUUGAUAUCAUCUGUCCCUUUUUUAGCAGCAAAGACAUUGGAGACACAUUUGUUAUUAUUGUCUCCUGUCUUUGGUAAGGAAGCACCAUUAGGUCUUACCUCCUCUAGUCUCCGUUUAUCUAGAGGUACUUCCUCUAUUGCUGCAUCCUCUUCUUCUUCUCCUACUUCCUUUACAGGAGAGGAGACAGAUAAGACAAAAAAA